AUUAGUGGCUGGGUGAUUUCGUGCUGCAGUUGGUAAUGUUCAGGAUUUUUGGGAAUUUAGGGACUCUAAUUUUUAAUUUGAUGUGAAGUAAUAUGCAAAAAUAAUUCUGUUUCAGUCAUAUUUUUAUUACAAAGUGUGUGCGUGCGCUACGUUAGUUUUGAAGCCUACAACUCUAUUCCAAACCUCGGGUUUCGGAAGUAUCGUCUGUGUCAAAGUGAUCUCUGUUUAUCCCUCAUGCUGUGAUACUUUGGCACUAUUUUAGUUUUACAAUGGACAUCGACGUUAGUAAAGAAAAUAUACAACCGCUGAGAGGUGGUAGGAACUUGACACAGCUGGGCACUGCUCUGCAGGCGCAGUCGGACUUGGACGCUCAACGCCAGCUGCAGUUGCAGAAAGAGGAACACGAGGCGGCUGUUAGGCAUUACCAGGGACCAGAUCCAUUGGACCCCUGGUUCAACUACAUACAAUGGGUGGAACAGUGCUUUCCCAAGCAUGGGCAUGAAGGCCACAUUGAUAAACUUGUGAAGGAUUGUCUGCAGUUGUUUGAAAAAGAUGAAAGAUAUUUUCAAGACAGAAGACUUGUUAAAUUGUGGAUAAAAUAUAUUGACUGCCUCUCAAACCCAUUGGAAAUAUAUCAGAGGUUGUACAACAGUGGGAUUGGUGUGGAGUGUUCUGAGUUCUACCGAGCAUGGGCUUGCUAUUGCGAGGAGUCUGGAGACUACAAGAAAGCGAAUCAAGUCUAUAUGUUGGGUCUCCAGGCUAAAGCACAGCCUUUGGAUGAACUGGAACAGGCCCACAUGAAUUUCCAACUAUUCUUCGCUCAGAGAAUGCUCCAUGAUGACUCACCAACUAAAAGGAAGGCAGCAUCAGCAUUGGCUGAAACCAGAAUGGCUCUAACUUCUCUCAAGUCUUUUAAGAGAAGGAACAUUGCCAAUGUGCCAGUACAGAGAGUUGGUGAAAGCAUUAGAAGCACAGCACCUGGAGUGGUGAGACAGCAGACGGUUUUUGACAACAGACUGCCCCACUCCAAUGUUAUGGUCAAUGUUUAUGAGGAUGCUUCAUCUACGUCUCAUGCUGGCAUUCCCGUGGCUGAGGACCCUGGCCCCGCAUCGCUCGUGCAGGCCUGUGGUAACGUCGAGAAUGAAAAGGAAGUUGGCAUGUGGACGAACCCUAAGACCAAAAUGGUGCAUAGUAAUGUUGUACCUCAACAUCAACCUCUGCCUUUUACACCAUAUGAAGAUGAAGAUGACGUUUUGCGACUUUCGGCGAAACACUUGCCUUAUUGUGUCGACGACUUAACAUUUAAUGUGCCUCUAUGUGUACCUGAUCCCCCAGAUUCAACGAAAAUUCCUUGUUAUAAUAAAACUCAGGUGUACGUUAAUGAUAAAGAAUACAGUUUAGAAGAAAUAAGAUCAAGAAAAUACAAUCUUGAAAGGACUGUUAAGACUGAAAAAAUUGAAAAUCCUGUACAAGUUCAACAACAAAAUUAUAGCAAUAUUGAUGAGACAAUCGCCCAGUGCAGUGCUUUAGAAACGUUAGCCAACUGUGCCCUAGACCCUGAGCAAGAUCAUCUAGGACAACUCAUGCCUUUGGCCAUCCCUGCCUUACAAAACAUCACAAAAGUUGCAAAUAUGCACUCACCUGGUGAGCCAAAAGUGCUAGUCAAUUUGGAUUCAAAAGAAUUCAGUGAACUUAGUGCCAAGAGGAAUGACGAAAAUCAAAAGUCUGCAAGUGACUCUAACAAAGAGAACCACGCGGCAGUUUCAACUAAUAAUUAUUCUUCUGAAAAUCCUGGCACUAACUAUGGUAAAAAUAACUUGAUGGAAGAAUUCAACAGGAGUUUAAUGGGCAAUUUGCUUGGAGAUUCUGUUACUGUGAAUACUAAAGAAGCAAGAUGGGAAUUGAGGAAUCUUUUUAAUGAUAAUGAACCAUCAAUGGUGCAACCAGUUGUCCCACAGUUUGACGUGCAACAGUUUGAUAUUCACGAAGAUAGGUCGAUAACAAUGGCAAUCAAUACCAAGAAAAAGCAAGAGGUUGUUGAUACCAGGGUUGUACCGGAAGAUAAAGAAAAUGCUACCAAUAAUCAGUUUACAGUUCCUGUAGCAGCUCCUUCACAAGUCAACAAAACAGCAUAUUACGAAGAACCUUCUUGUACUCAAGUAUUUAACUUUAAUAUUAAAGACGCAAGUACACCUAACAUGUCUCAGUUCAAGAAACCAGCAAGUUGCAUAGAUCAGUCAAAAUUUCCUUCAGUGCCAAAAUUUAACAUAGACGAGAGCGUUAUUGAGAAUGUGGAUCCGAGUAUCGUUAAGAGGGAAGAUAGCGCAAGGCAACACGGGACUGACCAGCAUAUGACGGAAAAUCACGGCGCCGGACUUUCCGUGAUUAUGGAAGCUACACGCGAAUUCAAUAGUAAAUCAGGUUCUAGUUCAUCUGGUCAAUCCACAAGAACAAACUUCACAGGUUACACAACCAAUUAUGAUUCUAUGUACAGUAACCACAAUGACCCAAGUCAUCAGCAGCAACCUACUACAUCCAAAAGAGCUUCCAUUUCUACUCAACCGAGACUUCCAAAUGGACAAUUUGCGCGGGUGUACCCUCAAAAGCGUGAGCCUACGGAAAACAAGGCUAUCGCACAACAAUCGGCGCCGUAUCUCUCUCAUGAUCACCAGUAUCAGAAGCCUGUACCCACAAACUAUAAUGGAUAUUCCCCUCAGAGAUCUAUGCAUGGUCAUUACCAACAAAAUUAUUCAUAUCAGCAGGGAUAUGCAAAUAAUCAGAUGAUGAAUCAACAACAACAGCAGGGCUAUGUUAGCCCUAAUCCUAAUGCUUAUCAUAGUCCACAACAAGCUGGAAUGCAGAGUCCUCUUCAUAAUAUGAGUCAAACUGCGCCACCAGGGUUUCAAAGUCCUACAUAUGGCAACCAAAUGGGGUAUCAUAGCCCUGGUCAUGCCAUGUUGAGUCCUCAACAUGCAUAUGCGGGAAGGCAGGAUUAUCAUUAUGCUAGUCAAGGAGAUCGGCAGCAUAUCUAUGUUAAUCAACAACAGCAGCAUCAACAUCAACAACACCAGCAGCAACAGCAACAUCAGCAACAGCAACAUCUACAACAACAGCAGCAACAGGCGCAAGCGUUCCAAAGCCCGCCACAUCAAUCUCAGUACCAAAAUUCACAAUACUAUCAAAGGCCUAGUCAAGUUGCCGCUUCACCAAAUCAAGGGUACAAUCAGCAGGGCUAUCAUAACAUGCAUAAUCAAUAUAAUAGUCCGAACAUGUACCCGCAAGCAAAUCAUGUUCCUAAUAACCAAAGUUAUAACAUGAUGCAAAGUCCUUACCGACAAGCUCCGAAACAAAUGAUGGAGAAUAAUUCUGCCGCCUAUGGAGCGCAAACAAAUCAGUCAUUUCAAAUUUACCAAAGUCCUCAACCAGCACAAAAUAGUUAUCGAAAUGUUACGGCACAUGGUGCUAGUAUGAAUCCCGAGCAGCCUUCUCAGUCGCCUGAGGCCCAAAUGAGGCAACUUCAAGGAAACAAUACUUUAAAAACGCAGGAAGCAGCUGUACCUGAACAAGCGGCUGUUAAAACGAGUCAGGCGGCUAAAAGUCAAAAUCCAGUUCCUCACAAGAGUCCUACCUCUGCUUUGCGUAAUGUUAGGCACGAACAAAUGAAUACGAAACUUGGUCAGAAUUCUCCUGACAUUGGAUUUUCCAACCAGUUCCUGAAUUUCAUAACUAAUAGAAAUGAACCUAAGGAUAAUGCACCUACACCUAAGUUCACAAAUAGCCCGAGUAUAUCUCAGAAAAUGCACAAGAACUUGUAUGUAUCGAGUCCCGAGCAAGCUCAAAUUCCUCCAUCUUCAGGAAUGUCGGAUUCUGACAGCAAGGACGGGUUGACGGCUCAGACUGCAACACCAAUUCAAUCUGCUAAAGUUGCUAAUGUUGACAAUAAACAAAAAGACAUAUCUAAGAGGCAGUUAGAUUUUGAGCAUAGAGUUGAAAUACAGUCUGAGGAUAGUAGAGAUUCUAUCAGUAAGGAAAGCAGGAUCUCAUCUGUGUAUUCAAGACAAUCUGAUUUCCAAUCUGAUGGUUACGGAAUGGAUGUUGAUAGCGAAAAUUCUAUGGAAUGUGGUCCUUUCAAAUCUACUCAUUCUAUCUCCUUAGUGGAGACAAGUGACAUACGAAGACCAGCUGACAUAGAUUUCCCGAAAGUGAUAGAUCCAUUUAAUAAGAAAAUGCUAACAUCUUUACUAGAAUAUGUAAAGUUCCCUAAUAAAACUCACGCUGAGGGUUAUUUUGAAAUAAGAACAGUUCCUAAGAUGCAGGUGGCUACAGUCGUGGGUGUUGGCAACAAUAAAUAUUCUAUUGAGAAACAACUUGGCAAGGGCAACUAUGGCGCGGUAUUCCUGUGUUUAGACCUCCAUACUAACAAAUCUGUCGCAGUGAAGUACCAGAAACCGAGUAGACCCUGGGAAUUUUACAUUUGUCAAGAGAUAAAAGCAAGAAUAAAGGAUCCUUUCAUGCUUCCAGGAUACAUGGAUAUAACAACUGCCUUUUUAGGUGACAAUGCCAGUCUGUUUGUAUCUGAAUAUUCCAAGUACGGAUCAUUGUUGGAUGUUGCCAACAAAGUCCGAGUGGCUACUUCAAAAUGUAUAAAUGAAUUUAUAGUCAUUCUACUGACAUCAGAGAUGUUGUCUAUAGUGCAUUAUCUUCAUAAAGCGCAAAUCAUUCAUGCGGAUAUCAAACCUGACAACUUUUUGCUGAUGCAAAUACCUGCACAAGAAUGGAGAACACCCUCGCUACAGCUUAUUGAUUUAGGAUGCGCGAUAGAUAUGUCUCUCUUCCCAGAAGGAACAUCAUUUAGAGAAUUAAUUGCGACGGAGGGCUUCACAUGUACGGAGAUGAAAGAAGGAAAGCCGUGGACAUACCAGACUGACCUGUACUGCCUGGCUGGCACUAUCCAUGUCAUACUGAUGGGGAGCUACAUGAAGGUAGCCAACCGGCUAGGACAAUGGAAUAUAGACAAGAAAUUGCCAAGGUACAUGAAAGUGAGCUUAUGGGAUAAGAUAUUUACGACGCUACUGAACGUGCCAGACUGCAACAAUCUUCCAGACCUGAUGGAUCUCAAAAGCGAGGUAGACAGCGUCCUCAACGAAAUUGACAACCUCAGCUUCCAACUCCGCAACUUUGCAAAUGUGCUUAAAUCUAGGUAAAUAAUCUUCUGAACUGUCCCAGAUUGUAUUUAUUGCAUUUAGAUAUAACAGCGAAUUGUAAAAAUAGGUACUAUCAGGUAUUAAUAAAUACUGAAUAGAAAUAUUACAAAUUAUAAAACUUGAAGUUUGAUGAAUUUCUCGGCCUCUUUGAUAGGUCAAUAUAUUGCUUAUCUAAAAAAUAAAAGCAAUAAGUAUUAUAAUAUGAAGUGUCUGAAUCUACUUUUUAUUUUGUAUCGUGCAUUGUUGUGUUUAGUUUAAUAAUGUGAUAUGUGAUUUUAGGUUUUUAGAAAAUGAACUUUGCUUAGUUGUAUCUUGUUAGCUUAAUGUUGAAUCAUCCAUUCAUUACUUAAGUUCAUUUAUUUUUGUACAAUUAAUAAGACUUGCACAUCUUCACAUUUCUUUUUUGAAGUAAUAAACAAUUACCUGGUUGCAAA